AUGAAGUGUAAACAUUGUGGAAGCUCUAAUUUAGAAGAAGACCGUGCCCGUGCUGACCUAAUAUGUUUAGAUUGUGGGAUGGUUAUGGGCGAAAAUGUCAUUUCUUCAGAGGUAGAGUUCGUUGAAACAAAUACUGGUCAAUGUACUGCUGUUGGUCGUUUUGUCUCAGAUGGGAGCCAAGCUCUUAACUUCAAAGAGUCACGUCAGUUAACCGAAAAUAAAGCUCGUCGAAGGAUUGAUACCAUUUGUGGCCAGUUGCGUCUUGGCAAUGAUAUAACAGUCUCUGCCUUUCGUUAUUAUCAAAGUGCACUUUUUCGUGGACUUACAAGGGGUCGCAAUGCUUUUACAGUAGCUGCGGGCUGUAUAUAUUUAGCAGCCCGCCAGUUGCGCGUCAAUUUGAUGUUAUUAGACCUCAGUGAUGCAGUUGGAAUCAAUGUUUAUGUUCUUGGUCGUGUCUACGCUGAUCUAAAAAAGCGACUUAAUUUAGCCAUACCAGAAAUGGAUCCUUGUAUCUAUAUUGAUCGCUUCGCAAGUCAGUUGGAGUUCGGUGACAAAGUGUCCACAGUCGCUACAACCGCCAUGCGUCUGUUACAAAGGAUGAAGAAAGACUGGAUCGCUACUGGUCGUAGGCCUAGUGGAUUGGCUGCUGCUGCACUACUUGUUGCUGCUCGAAUUCAUGAAUUCAAUAGGACAGAGGAGGACGUAGCUCGAAUUGCUCGGAUUAGUCAGAGUACUGCACGCAAACGUUUAGAAGAAUUCAGUCGUACUCCAUCAUCCGCUCUUAGUAUUGAAGCAUUUUUCUCAGUUGAUUAUGAUGAGGAGCAAGAUCCUCCAGCAUUUGUUGCUUCAAUGAAGCAGGAGGAUGAAAAGUUGAAAAGUAUGUCAGAGGGUGCAAUGGCUCGUAUAACUAUGGAGAUAACUGAAUUAGAACGUCGUAUAGAUACUGAACUACAAAAGUUGUCUGGGAAAUACACAGCUCGUACAAUUUCUACACAACUUUCUAAAAUAGAUGUUGGAUGUUCCAAAGGCAUACAACAUUUAUUAGCUGAAAACUCAGAUUGUUUGAAAACAUCGGGUCUCUUAAGUGAUCUAAAAGACGUAUCAAGUGAAACUGCUGAAUCUGGUAACGAUGAUGCUAUAACUAACAAAAGUAAUACCUCUAGUCAAAAUGAAAGUGGUGAAGUUCGCGGGAUACUACGUGAUGUAUUGGAUGGCUUAGUUGAGCCAGAGUUAUUGGACAGUUGCGUUGAGGAUUUGCACAUUCUAACUCAGCAUUCUGGUACCAAAAUGUGUCAACUGUUGUCUGAAGCAGAAGAGACAAGAAAUCAGGCUGAUAUUGGUUCAGAUCAGAAAUUACCAGAACAAGAUGUGGACUCCAAGCCGUCUGAUGCUGAAGAUACUAGACCCAGUGAACCUCCUGUAAAAGGUGGGUCUUAUUUGUACUAUUAA